AAGAAAGAGAAUAAAUAAUCUGUGCUGCCCUCAGCAGAAGGAAAUCCAGGUGAUGGAAUAGGGUUCAAAUACUCUGCUUGUCCACAAGCCUGAAUAACAAAGUUGGGGCAGGGGACAUAAGAGCAAGAGAAAGUUAAAGUGAUUUGACUCGGUUAUUCCCAUAUGACUCUCUUGGCUGAGAAAGAACCUCGCCUGUUUUCAAAAAGUGUUUAAUUUUAAAAGUUGCUGUUUCAUAUCACUUUUGGAGCUAGUCUGUUACUGUCUCUAAAGAAAGUCGUACAAGAAACUAUCAAGAAAUGAGGUCCAGAAGUGAUUGUGAAAUCAUUAACAGGAAUUGAGGAAUAUUGCGAAACUCUUUGGACUUUGACAUUUACAAGGAUGCCCUCACUAAAGUAGCUUCCUGAUAGAGCCCUUAAAUUCAGAAUCACACUUGAUGCCUGAUCGUGCAGCGGACUUAAGCCCCACUCCGCACGACUGGAACUUGUUCUGGGACACCAUUGGGAAGAGCAAACAUGCUGCUGCUGAUCAGUGUCACCCUCACCGUGGGGGUGUCCUUGGGGGCUCCUGCACAAGUUCAAUCCUGUGAUUUUCCUGAAAUAAAAUAUGGAAGCCUAUAUAACGAAAAAAUAUAUAAACCAGAUUUCCCAGUAGCUGUAGGAAACUGGUAUUACUAUUCCUGUAAUGACAGCUUUGUGACUCAUUCAGAAUCAUACUGGCAUUAUGUUACUUGCACAGGAGAAGGAUGGUCGCCACCAGUGCCCUGCCGCAGAAAAUGUAUUUUCAAAUCUGUGGAAAAUGGUUUUUCUCCAUAUCGCGAAAGAAUAUAUUAUCAGGGUGAUUCUGCAAAAGUUGAGUGCCAUCCCGGCUACAGCCUUCCCAAUCAGCAGAUCUCAAUGACAUGUACGGAGAAUGACUGGUUCCCUCCUCCCACAUGCAUCCCUGUCAAGGAGGCAUGUUGUCACCCACCCAGGUUUGAUAAUGCCAUACUCAUGAGUUGGAAGAAGAGAUCAUAUAGAUGUUUCCUGUGUGAAUCCUCCCAUAGUGGAAAAUGCUCGUCUAGUAGACGAGAUGCCUAAGUAUCUAUCUGGUGUCAGAGUACGUUAUGAGUGCAUCAGGCCUUUGGCCCUAGUUGGGAAUGGAGAAGUGAUGUGUUUAAAUGGAAACUGGACGGAACCACCUGAGUGCAAAGAUGAAGCAUCUUACUUCUCUUCCCUAACUUUAGAGA